AUGAACCACAUGCACCAAAACAAUAACGACGCUCUCUUUUGCGGUGAAGGCAAUCAGAUCAGAAAUAGACCAAGUAUCAAAGUGCGAGAGGCUCCUGGAGGAUCAAGCGGUUAUAACUUUAUUACAGGCGAAACCAAAGAAGCAGGGUCAAAUCAAAGAAGCUCAAAUGUGGUUUCAAGCACUCCACAGUCUCCACAGACCAACAACCGAAAUCCAAGAAAACAACAGCAAGAGGUUACCGGUAAAAUUGGUUCAACUGCCUCCGUGCAAGUUGCACAAACCAAUGCCAACACAGCAUCAUCCCGCCCUUUACAUUCACAACAACAUCAAAGUGAACCUACUGCUUUGUAUUGUUCAGAGGGCAAUCAAGUUAGAUCAAGACCAAGUGUUAGGGUAGCCCCUCAAAAGAAGGACAACAUUAGCUUUUACUGA